AAGCCCAUCCUUGUUCUCCGUCACAAACGCCCAAACCGGAAAUGGGCCAACCCUAAACCCCCAUUUCAUUUCCAAACCCUCUUCCCUCCUCCUGCGCCGCCGCCGCCACCACCAUGCUCCGCGCCGUCCUCAACUCCGGCGACCUCCGCCGUCGCCUCCCCUCCCUCCUCCCCCACUGCCGCCCAAUGUCCGGAUCUUCCAUCGCCGCCAUCUUCUCACAGCCAUCCCCGCCCGCGGAUCCCGCCGCGGCGAUCCAGUCAGCCGGCCUCGACCUCUCCCACCCCAACACGAUCCCCGCCCUCCUUGUCCACCCGGACCUCGCCUCCAACUACCCCGCCGCCUCCAGCUUCUUCUCCUGGGCCGCCUCCCACCCCAAAGCCGCCGUACUCAACUCCAAGUGCUUCAACUCCAUGCUGCAGCUCGCGGCCGCCAACGGCGACGCCGACCACUUCUGGUCACUCGUCUCCUCGAUGCGGUCCAAGGGCUACGGCGUCUCGAAGACCACCCUCGAGGCCGCCACGGAGAGCUUUCGCUCUAAGAACAUGGCCAAGGACGCCGACAUGAUCCGGGCGGCCUUUGCCGCGCACGCCAGGAACGCCGCCGCGGCAGAGGCGUGCAAGAUUCUCCGGUCAGAUGCCGACGAGUCAUCCAAGCUGGACAAGUUGAAUGAGUUAGGCGUUGAGGUGACUGAUGAGCUGGUGGCAUCGGUGGUGGAGAAGGUUGGGCAGUUCCCACGGCAGGCGAUGGUGUUCUUUGCGUGGGUGGAGCAGACGGCUGGGGCAGGGAUCGGUUGGGGAAAGGUUUACAAUGCGUUGGCAAAGAUCAUUGGCCGGGAGGAUUGCAUCGAGGAGUUUCGGGAGGUCCUGCAGAAGAUGAGUAGUAAGAAGCUUGGGAUGGAUAAGGAGGUGUAUGUCACUCUCGUUGAUAGAUUCCUCAAGAGGAAGAUGGUUUUUGAUGCGGUGGACUUGUUCCGGUUCGCGAUGGGAGGGACGGAGAAGCCAUCGACUGAGGACUUCUUGUUCUUAUUGAAGAAGCUUGUCGUGAGUGAGGAUAUGGAUCUGAAGUUGUUGAUGAGAGUUGUACGGAUCUAUCAGAAGGCGGGGAAUGAGGUGAAGUGUUCUGUAUUUGAUGCUGUCAUCAAGUCAUUGAGAAGUGUUGGGAAGCUCGGGGAGAGUGGUAGGGUGUUGAAGGCCAUGGAGGAAGGUGGUUUUGCACCAGAUAGCGCUGUGCAUGGGAAAGCUGUUCUUGCAAUGUGUGAUGCUGGGGAACUGGAAAAAGCACGCGAACAUUUGGCUCGUGUGGAAAAAUCAGGGUAUAAGUUGGAUCCACGUGUAUGGGCUGCUUUAGUUCAGAAGUAUUCUCUUGGCAAUGAUGUUGAUAUGGCAGUUUCAUGCUUCCCUGAAAUGCUGGAAAGAAGAAGCGGCAAUCAGGUUGGUUGUGCCCUUGAGGUGCUUGUUUAUGGACUAUGCAAGAAGAAAGAAGCAAAGGAAGCAUUCAAAGUUCUGAAGAACCUGGUGUCAGAAAAGGCUGUGGUUCCUUGGCAAACUACCUACAAGUAUUUGAUCCACAAGUUGAUCCGCCAAGGCCAUCUGAAAGAAGCAUUUGACGUGCUAGGUUUAAUGAAAGAUAAUGGCUUUCCUCCUUUUAUUGACCCAUUUCUUGCACACAUUUCGAAGUCCGGGACCGUGGAGGAUGCCCUGGGUCUGCUAAAGGCAAUGUCUUCAAAGGAGUUCCCAUCAAGAACAGUUUACAUGCGCAUGUUUCAAGGUUUCUUCAGAGAGGGGAGGCAUGAAAUUGCGCAACAGCUACUCUCUGUAUCUCCUGGAAGUGUCCGAAACCACGCAGAUGUUCUCAAUCUCUUCUAUAAGAAAAAGCUGGAAGAAUCUGCUGCAGUAGCUUUGUAGACCAUUCAUGUGUGGAUGAACCGAAAUGGUAACACCCAUGUUCUGAGUGGCAUUUUGAAUUUUUCUUUGGCUUUGUAAUUGGCAUUUGAGCCAGAAUCAGAAGGUUGGAUGGCCAAAAACUUCUUUGCUGAAAUGCCUGUGUGAUCCUCUAAAAAUAAACAUCAUUCUUUUUGUUUCUCUC